CAAAAUUAUAUUACACAUUUUGGGGCAUUUGGUGCUUUUUGUAUGGGGUGUUUUUUACUGGCGCUACAUUUGUUUUUCUAAAUUUGAAGUUUCUGGGGUCUAAUAGAUAGCAGUCUUGCGGGAUCACACGGGAAAUAGAAUCAAUCGACUGUUUCCAAAAAACCAUACACAGCUAAUUAGACCCCUUUUUUUACGGGUUUCAAUCGAAGAUUAUUUAAUAGCAAUCUUAAUGAUUCCAGUAAACUUAGGUCACGUGCUAAACGGGUACUCCAUGGGCUGGUCGUCUCCAGUAUUAGUGAAACUGUUUGAUGCAGAGCAGAGCCCUCUAUCGGAUGCCAUCACAACUACGGAGGCGUCAUGGAUCGCGUCUUCUUUUAUAGCUGGAUUAGUUACGGGUAAAUAUCCACGUUUUUUUUCUCUCUUUAUAGGCAUCUUCCCACUUGGAAUGAUCACAAAUAUAAUUGGAAGAAAACCUUCUAUAAUUUUAUCAUCAUUUCUGACAUUGAUGGGACAGACCUUGCUGGCUGUGUCUUUAGAUACGACUUGGAUAUAUUGUGGACAAGUGAUAAAAGGCAUGGGAUCGGCCGGAUUAUCUCUUUUGGACUGUAUGUAUAUUGGAGAAAUCGCGUCACCAAACAUCCGAGGAAUAUUGUUCACAUCCACAAACUUUUUCCACGCAUUUGGCACAUUGCUAGUAUAUGCUAUCGGCCCAUACGUCUCAUACAGGAUGAUAUCCUAUGUAUUCAUUGUUAUCAAUGUUGCACAUUUGGUCAGCUGUUCGUGCUUCAUUCCUGAGAGCCCUGUGUUUUAUGUUAUUAAAGAUAAAGAAGAAGCUGCCAUAAAAGUACUUCACAAACUUGGAAGAAGUAAAGACAUAGACACAGAAUUAAAAACAAUGAUAGAACAGCAUAAACAAAAUAGCACAGACGCAAAGUGUCUCCAACUAUUUACCAUAAAAAGCAAUAGGAAGGCACUGAUCAUAAAUCUAGUGAUGAUGAUUUUGAACCAAGGGGGUGGUAUUAUGUGUGUAUUGUUUUAUGCUACAAUGAUAUUUGAGAGUGCAGGUUCAUCUGUAGCUCCCGAAAUAGCUUCUAUAAUAUUAGGAGUGACAGCAGCUGCAGCGGUUCGCCAGCAGGAGGCUGACAAACUCCAAAUUACCUUGCUGGAAUUAAAAAAAUCCAAGGAAUUGUGUGCUCAAUUGCUUAGUGAAAGAGAGGAUAGUGAAAAGGAACUAUUAUUAUCACUUAAUAGUAUAGAGAAGUUAAAGAAGGAACUAUGUUCUUUAGAAAAUGUUUACAAUGAUGUAAAUUCAGAGCGGGCCCGGCUCCAGGAGACGGUUGACAAGUUUACUGAGUGUAGUGCAGCAUAUGAACAGGCCUUGACAGACAUCAACUCAUUAGAGAGAGCACUGCACGACGCCCACGAGCAAAUCUACGAGCUACAGGAGGCCCAAAAUAUUGCUGCAGCGGCACACACUCAAAACUUAUUCGAGGAACUGGUCCGGCCCGACUCACAGUUGGUUGCCGCUCCAAUUGAAAACCCUGUUUUAGUGGGUGUAAUAGUAACGCCGUUUUUCAUUGAUAAGUAUGGGAGAAGGACGUUGCUGGUGCUGUCUUUGCCGUUGUGUUCUUUUUUUCUGACCACAUUAGGAGCCUACUUUUAUCUAGAAAUGAUCAAGUAUCCAUCGAUAGUCUCCAUUCGGUGGCUGCCUCUGUUUGCUCUCAUGGCGUAUUUAUUUAGCUUCAGUUUUGGUAUAAAUUGCGUACCAAACGUCCUCCUUGGAGAAACCUUCCGCCCCAACAUGCGAAGUCUCGGAGUCUCCACAGCCAGUAUCAUCGGCUGCAUCGCCGGUUUCAUCAGCUCGACCAGCUUCGGCCCUAUCGUCAGCGCCUUUGGCAGCCAUGUUGUCUUCUGGGGGUUUGCCGGACUCAACUUCUUUGGGUUCUUGUUCACGUUCUUCCUUGUGCCGGAGACUAAGGGCAGGAGCUUGAUGGAGAUUGAACAAAUGCUGGGUUGACCAUAGAGUCAAAUCAAGCUUACUCUGCAUCACAUUCGUAGCCACGACCAUCGCCUGCAUCGUCGGCUUCAUCAGCUCGGCCAGCUUCGGUCCCAUCGUCAGCGCUUUGGGCAGCCAUAUUGCCUUCUGGAUUUACGUCGGCAUCACCUUUUUCGGGUUCUUGUUCAUGUUUUUCUUGGUACCCGAGACUAGGGUCAGAAGCUUAAUGGAGAUUGAACGGAUGCUUGAACGAAUAUACCUAGCUAGAAAAAUCGUUAAAUUUUUUAAAUAAACAUAAAAGUUGGAUCUAAGAAAGGUCUUGUAAGGUCGUGUGUGGUAAGAAAAACAUAGUUUUUUCGCUCAUGGCAAGAGUAUUUCUCGUAUCCAAUAUAAGUUUAAGUAAUUUAACCAAAUAUGAUGGAUUUGAUGUAAGGUUAUAAAUGAUGAUAUCCAAUCAAUCAUC